ACCGCGCUCAAGGUUGUGCUAUAAAGUUUUCAACUUUCUGGAUUUAAAUCAGUUGGGCAGCGUCUUCAACUACUAAGUCCACCUACAAAACGGAAAGAUGGCUCGAAUUCUCCUGCUAGCUUUUGUUCUGACCUGCGUGGUCCUGGUUACAGAGUCCAAAACACUGAAGAAAAGCGCCUUCUCAUCCAAGGUCAAAGCUGUCCGUGAUUCUAUAAACAAGAAAGAGGCUAUUGAGACAAGCAAAUUCAAUCUGAGGUCUGGAGACGAUGGCGCUGUUGCUGCCGCUGAGGCACUCUCAAAAGGGCAGGAAGCACUGGGGGCUGUCCUGGAUGGUGCCAACAAACGAGGCAUUGCAACACCAUUCUCAAAAGGCAAAUCGACCAAGAAAUCGUAUGAAGAAGUAUUCUUCGCUGCAGAUUUCGUAAUUGGCGUUGUCACGGCUUUCUCAAUGGCCCCCUGUACAGUCGGCAUGAUUGCAUUCGAAGAUAUUCUUUCUAACGUAGACUGGGAAGCCAUUGAUUGGUCACAGACCACUGACCAGAUAUCCACGUACACGUCUUAGCGUUUAUUGAAUGGUGGACGGAGACAGUGCUCCGAUUCUUGCAUCCGUCUACACUUUGAUUUCUACGUAUGGUCCGUUUUCUGGGAUGAUCUGGAGGAUACGCAGUGCUAUAGUACACUUGAAAAGGAUGCCGACGGCACUAUUGACUGGUUGACAGCAUUUCAACAUGUCAACAGCUUGGACCCCGAAGACGAUUUCAAAGAACCAACCGAUGAAUGCGAAGUAUUCCACAUGAUUGGGGAAAUUUACCUUGACUACUUCUUCCCAUUCUAUUUCGAAGCUAUGCCCGAUAAUCUCCUAGAAGACAUGUUCAAUGACUGGGAUGUUAACGACUAUAUCGAUCCCUACUUUGGUUACAACUACCUGUUUGGAACGGACUCCCCACCAUCAGGCCCACCACCACCGCAACGACGCAGCGACAUCUUGAAAACCUUGUUGAAAAAGAAACUGGCAACAAAAUAUUAAGAAAACGACCUCAACUAUGAUUCUAUAUUUAUAAUCUGUAACAAAUCUCUUUCGACAAUUUUUAUAGUAAAUAUUUAUGUGUAGACCGUAUUGACAGUAGCUUACCGUAGCAUAUUCUCAGAGUACCUACUACUGUAUUCAUCUUAAUUACUCAAAUAAAUUUACAUGAACGCA